GUUGCCCUACGCACUUCCCUGAAGUUCGGUGUGAGUGUUUACAAGUGUCGCUUCCCGCGUUGUGAUAAAAACAGCUGAUUAAGAGGAGCAGGGCUACACAAGCCUCGUGCCUGAGAUCAGAGGAUGAUUAAGACGGAGAAGAUCCUGCAUCUGAAGAGCUGCCGGGGCCGGAAGGUCCGUGUGGUGCGGGAACAUUAUCUGAGACAGCAGGUUCCCUGUUACAGCUCUCUGUGUCAGGCGGACUGUGGCAACGAUGGCAAGGUGUUGCCAGGAGAUUUGACCCACUAUGUGUUUCCUGAUGUCGGAGUGGUGGUGGACUACCUGGAGAUCCUGGAGAUCAGAGAGCUGCAGGGCAUCGUCUUCACGCAGACCGCCUGCCAGGGUGUGCAGCACAGCAAAGGACGCAGGCAACACAACCGUCUGCGGAACCUGCUCAAAGACCCUCGACACGACUGUGUGCUGUUUGCCAAUGAAUUUCAAGAGUAUUCCUACUGUCCACGAGAGAAGGGGGAGAGCCAGGAGAAGUGGCAAACCAGGUGUGUGUACUCUGCAGCAGUAUGGUACUUCCACCACCUGGCAGGUAUGAUGGAUGUAGUGAUGAUCACAGAGGACCAGGAUGCCGUGGCUCAGUACAGCAGCCUCAACUCUGGAGUGUACGUCAUCUCCGUCCAGGAUUUCUUACAAAACUUCUGGCCGGAGCUGCAGGCCGCACACGAAUUGUACGGCUCCAUUUCCCAGGCGCUACAAGAGAAGGAGAGCGAGGGCACGGAGAGGGAGUACACCGAACAUCUGCCCGCUGAGGUCCUGGAGGCCGGAAUCAAGUCCGGGCGGUACAUUCAGGGGACUCUGAACGUCAGCAAGCACCGAGCACACAGUGAAGCGUCAAUCAUGACGGAGGGUUUGUCCAACAAGAACACAGAUCUGAGUUGGGGAGUGUUGGUGUGCGGUGGAAAGAAUCGUAACAGGGCCGUGCAUGGUGACGUGGUCGUGGUGGAGUUGUUGCCAAAGAGCGAGUGGAGAGGGAAGGACACGGCUCUGGCUGAGGGUCAAGGGGAGGACAAGAGCGGAGAGGAAAGCGACAGCAAACCCAUGCCGACAGGCCGUGUUGUGGGGAUCCUGCAGAGGAAUUGGAGGGACUAUGUGGUAACUUUUCCCCCCAGGGAGGGGCCUCAGCCCCAGAGCAGGAAUUCCCAGCGGAUCCUGGCUGUACCCUGGGACCAUCGCAUCCCCAAGAUCCGCAUCAGCACUCAGCAGGCAGAGGCUCUGCAGGACCACAGAGUGGUGGUGCGCAUUGAUUCAUGGGAGAGCACGUCGCUCUAUCCCAACGGCCACAGUGUGCGGGUGCUGGGUCGGGCUGGAGAACUCGAAACGGAGGUCCAGACCAUCCUCAUAGAGAACUGCAUCCACGUGCCUCCUUUCUCAGACGCACAGCUGAGGGAGAUGCCGGUCAACUCUCCUGAGAAGCCGUGGAGGGUGGACCCUGCCCAAGUGGCGGAGCGUCAUGACCUCAGGGAGAGUCACCUGGUGUUCAGCAUCGACCCGCAGGGCUGCGAGGACGUAGACGACACGCUGUCGGUGCGCAGCCUCGCCGGCGGGAAGCUGCUGGAGCUGGGGGUCCACAUCGCAGAUGUCACCCACUUUGUCACCGAGGGCUCACUCACUGACCUGGAAGCACGUGCGAGAGCUACGACGUACUACCUGGCAGACCGCAGGUACGACAUGUUGCCGGCUGUUCUAAGUGCAGACCUCUGCUCUCUGCUGGGCGGAGUGGACAGGUAUGCGAUGAGCGUGAUGUGGGAGCUCGAUGCACAAACCCUCGUCGUCAACAAGGUGUGGUACGGUCGCACGCUCAUCCGCUCCUCCUACCAGCUCCACUAUGAGCUGGCUCAGGCGCUCCUCAACGGAGAGCAGGCUGAGGUACCGGAGCUGGCCGAGCUCGGGUCUGAGGAGAAGGACGCCAAACUAGCUCAGCUCACCCAGGCCCUGGAGACGCUGACACAUGUAGCCAGACACCUCCGGGCACAGAGGGACAGAGGAGGCGCACUGGAGCUGGAAGGGGUGGAGGUGCGUGCCCAGCUGGAUGAGGAGAGGAACAUCACAGCCCUGAUCCCCCGUCAGCCUCUGGAGGUCCAUGAGACCGUGGCUGAGUGCAUGAUUUACGCCAACCACUGGGUGGCGCGCAAGAUCCAGGAGACCUUCCCUCAUCAGGCCCUGCUGAGGCGUCACCCGCCACCACGGCAGGAGUUCUUCAGCCAGCUGGUGGACAGCGCUGUGGCCGGGGGAUUCACCAUCGACACCAGGACCAACAAGGCUCUAGCUGACUCUCUGGACCGGGCUGUGGACCCACGGGACCCGCUGGUGAACAGGCUGCUGAGAAUAAUGGCCACUACAGCCAUGUCACAGGCUCUGUACUUCUCCACUGGUCUUCAGUCCCAAGACCAGUGCUACCAUUACGGUCUGGCUCUGGACCGGUACACACACUUCACCUCACCCAUCCGUCGUUAUGCCGACAUCGUGGUGCACCGCCUUCUCACCGCGGCCAUUGACAUGGACAGGGGGGGGGGUCUUGGUAAAGCAAUAGCCGGUAACAAAGAACUGGAAGAAACGGCUCAUCAUAUCAACAACAAGAACAGGGCAGCCCAGCGAGCCCAGAAGAUUUCCACAGAGUUGUUUCAGUGUCUCUACUUCAAAGAGCGAGACCCUCAGUCAGACCAGAGCUGUGUGGCAGACGCUGUCGUCUACUCCAUCCGAGACAACGGCGUGUUGGUGUUUGUCCCAGAGUACGGUGUGAAAGGGCCGGUGUAUGUGAAGAAUCGAGAGGGCCAAGUGGUGGCUGCAGGGCAGGACGGCAGCUGUGAGUGGCAGAGCGGCUCCGUGCGACGGUACUCGGACCACAUCACCACCACCUCCAGCUGCGGCACCUCCACCUUCAGCCUGUUCCACCACAUCACUGUUCGUAUUUCUGUGCGCUCGACACAUUGCCACGCAGACACUCUAAACCUGGAGGUCACCAGCAACAAGCCCCACCACAGGACUGAGCCCCCGCAGCCCCGCUCGCAGGGUCGCAGCCAGCUGGUCCAGGAGGUGGUGCGCCUGGCCGAGGAGGCGGCCCAGGAGAAGGCGGCCCGGCGCCCCAAACUCUCCAGAGAGGAGAGAGAGUUCAGCCAGAGCAAAACUCCCAAUCUGUACUCUCUCCUGGAGGAGGUGAGAGAGCUGGCUCUGCUGGACCUGCAGGUGGAUAAACAGGUGUGUGCAACAACAGCAUAGAGCAGCUGCAACAUGGAGCCCGCAGAUGACUACUGAUAUUUCUAUGGACAAAUAAUCUACAACAGCCACAAGCAGAAGAGGCUUUUCUCUUUGACAGAUGAACAGAUGUGUAGAUAUUUAUUAAGUUCUUUUACCAUUUAAAGGACAAUGCUUGAUGAUGCAAAGUGUAAAUAAGUUCUUUGAUAUUAAAUGAGAUGAGAAAUAUGCUGAUUUCCUUAUGUUGGUCCAAAGAUUAGAACCACAGAUUUAUGGUGUGACUAGAGAAGAACUGCAGGUUAACAGGGAUUAUCUGAUGUUCUGAUGAGACUAGUAGUAGUGUAGACACUGAGACACUGAAUGACAUGUAGCACUGAACUUUGAUCUGAAGUUGGAUAUAAUUGAAGAUGCAAAGGAAUUCUUCUCCUUGUAUUUUUCCAGUGUAGACUGAGCUGCGUCUACGCUGCUAAAUACUUUCAUAAUAGUUAACUUAACGCUUUGUACGCUGAUCGUGUCUGACACUGUACCGUAAGGAUCAGAUGUCCACAUACAGAUUCCAUUUGAAAGGAAAAUGUUUAUUGUUCGGCAUUUUUAAUAAACUGGUAAGAACACCAACAAUGUCCUGAUUCAUCAAUGAUGAAACAUUGGAGGAUCAUCUCAGGUCACAGAAGUUUCCUCAGCUUAAGCUUCAGAAAAGAGAAGGUCAUGCUGCACUGAUACGGCACCACAUGGACAAUAACAAGGCACUAUUAACUGCAGGCAGCAUGUUACUGACAUCAAGGCUCACAUGGCCGUUUAAAAGUAACAGUACAGUUCAGGAAUAUCUGGAAAUGUGUGAAACCAAACAAUCCUAUCAAUAAAUGGUAAGAUCUGUUGCAUUUAAUGCUGCCGGCAUGACAACAAAACAACAGAUGUUGGAUCGGUGCUAAUAGAAAAAGGGGAACAGGCAUUCUGAAUGUGAACAAAGU